ACUUUUGUUGAGCAGGCCACGCCUCUGGUUUGCUGCAGCUCUGUGUGUGCCGUGUGACAGCGGCUCGCCUCAUUUUAUUUCAGACGGGGGACCAGAGAGGGAAAUCAGGAGGAAGAAAGAAGACAGAUAUCGGUGCUCUCUCUCUCUCUCAUGCAGUUUUGAAGAAGACGCCCCCUCCCUGCACCUGUUCUGCUCCGUCUUGUUGUCGGAGUUGAACCUCUUUGCGAGUGAGCGGACUCUCAUUGUUAGAUAGCUCGACGUUGUUUUGAGCAUGACUUCGACGUACAACCUGGAUUUCCACCCUUUAACCGAAAGUCGGUUAUUGACUUCGGGCGACACAAUCAACGGCAACGGAAACGGCAGCAAGAUGAACGGGUCACUGGAACAUCUAGACCAGCCAGACCCGGACUCCAUCAAGAUGUUUGUGGGACAGAUCCCGCGCUCCUGGUCAGAAACAGAACUAAAAGAGCUUUUUGAGCCCUUUGGAGCCGUGCACCAGAUCAACAUCCUCCGUGAUCGCACCCAGAAUCCCCCUCAGAGCAAAGGAUGCUGUUUUGUAACUUUUUAUACAAGAAAAGCUGCACUGGAGGCCCAGAAUGCACUGCACAACAUAAAGACCUUAAGUGGGAUGCAUCAUCCUAUCCAGAUGAAACCCGCUGACAGUGAGAAAACAAGUGCUGUAGAGGACAGAAAACUCUUCAUCGGAAUGGUUUCAAAGAAAUACGGCGAGAACGAGAUCCGAAUGAUGUUCUCGUCUUUCGGACAGAUCGAAGAGUGCCGAAUCCUCCGGGGACCAGAUGGUCAGAGCAGAGGCUGUGCGUUUGUCACAUUUGCUACCAGGGCAAUGGCACAGAAUGCAAUCAAAACCAUGCAUCACUCUCAGACUAUGGAGGGUUGUUCCUCACCUUUGGUGGUGAAGUUUGCAGACACACAGAGAGAUAAGGAGCAGCGGCGCCUGCAGCAGCAGCUAGUACAGCAGAUUCAGCAGCUCAACAGCGCCUCCUCCUGGGGAAACCUGGCUGGCCUUGGGACCCUCACACCGCAGUACCUGGCACUGCUCCAGCAGGCCACAUCUAGCAGCAACCAGAGCAGUUUCAAUGGUAUCCAGAGGCUAGGAGCAGGUGUGAAUCCCCUUCAGCUGCAGAACUUGGCCACAUUAGCUGCUGCUGCUGCUGCAGCUCAGAGUUCUGGCAGCCCAACCUCAGCCAGCGCCCUCACUGCAAACAGUGGAGCCCUGGGAGCCUUGGCCAGUCCUGGCCUUUGGGCAGCCGGUUCAACAGCAGGGUCCAGCGCUGGUGCUGCCAUGAACACCUUGGCAUCUCUUGGCACCCUGCAGGGUCUCACAGGGACCUCUGUGGGCCUCAACCUCAACGCUCUCACCAGCAGCGUCACUGGGAUGGGGGGCAUGAAUGGAGGUUUGGGAGCCUCCUUGGCCAACGGGUCAGCAGCCAGCUCCAUGGACGCUCUUACCCAGGCCUACUCAGGGAUGCAGCAGUACACGGCCUCUGCCCUGCCCUCCCUCUACGGACAGUCCCUCCUACAGCAGAGCAUCGCUGGCAGCCAGAAGGAAGUCGGGCCUGAGGGUGCCAACCUGUUCAUCUACCACCUGCCCCAGGAGUUUGGGGACCAGGAUCUUCUGCAGAUGUUUAUGCCUUUUGGAAAUGUGGUCUCUGCCAAAGUCUUCAUCGACAAACAGACCAAUCUGAGCAAGUGCUUCGGAUUCGUCAGCUACGACAAUCCUGUCUCUGCCCAAGCUGCCAUCCAGGCCAUGAACGGGUUUCAGAUCGGAAUGAAGAGGCUGAAGGUUCAGCUGAAGCGCUCCAAGAACGACAGCAAACCCUACUGAUCUUAGCCCAGGGGUCUUCCCCCCUCCCCAGCUCUAAUGCUAGCACUGCUAGGGUAAGUUCACCCUCCUGCCAAGGUCAACACAGCAGAGACUCAGGGGGGAAGGGGGAAAGGAGCCCAAAGCAGGAAGGGAGACUUCCUGCUGCAGAAAAAAGGCAAAACGAGAAAAAACAAGUGGUUGCAAUGAUCUUUCCACAUUUUGCUGUAUUUCAUUCCUGCGGUUUUAUCAUGUAAUUUGCGUCGGAUUAAAUAUUUUAAUGUAUAUGAUUAUUUAUGACUAUCACUGGAGUCAGUGUUCGCUGGAGGUAUUUUGAGUCACUGUAGUAGUGGAGAGCAUCAGGUGUGUUUCCAUACCAUUUCAUUGCCUUCAGGUCAAGUGAGGCAGGUUGACUAAGGAUCAGUUACUGUGUUGAAGGGCUGCAGCCAGACCACGUAGUCCCUGAGCCCAGAGCCUUCAACCUGCGUGUGACUUCUUCUAUGUAGUCUGUCUCAUUCGUUUCCCAUUCUUCAAUGUGAAAAUCUUUUUGCACUCUUAAAUCCUUCAAUCCUUGCUCCCCCUCCUCCAUCUUCCCCCUCUCUGUCUCCCACUCUUAUCUCUUCGUCAUUUUGUAAGCCAUGUCUAGCUAGGCUACCUCUCUCUUUUCUCUAUUAACAACCUCUUCAAGUCAUUCCAUCCAUCCUCCAAGUCUCCCACAAGGGACUGGCUCUAGAUGGAUCUCUUUGGGUGCCAAGUAUACAGUUUGUGCAUGUCGGAGUCUCUGCCAUAUGUCCCGGUGGUGUCACUUUCCUUAAAUCUGUGUAUUGUUUUUGUGUGUCGGGGGAGAGAGAAGGGGGGGAAAUGUUUAUCGCGCUGUCCUUACUGUAUGUGGUGAUUUGUUUUGUUGUUUUUUGUGCCUCAUGGCUAAACGAUUCUUGUGCUGUGCCCCUAACUUUCUCUUCUCUCCUCUUUCUCUUCUCUCUCUGUCUCUCUCUGUGUCUCUUCCUUUCACGUUUUUGUUCCUUUUUUAGAACAAAUCUCCAUGCCUGUUUGCUCAUCAUUAGCCUAGCAUGUCUUCAUGAUGUUGAAAGCCAAGCCAAACUCCUGGCCUCAUCAUCCCACCAUUGUCUGUGAUGUCUCUCUAAGCUCGCCUGACCAAUACCUGGCCACCCACUGACCCUUGACCUUAGCUCAACCUGAUUUUUCUGCAUGUAUAUCCUUUUGUUUAUUUUUCUUUUUUGGUGUUAUUUUUCUGUAUAGAAAUGUGACAGGUGGGAGAGAGGUCAAGCAAAUCAAUGUGAAAACUUACCUGCGUUGAAUUCAUUUAAGAGACCUUUUUGUUUUCGCGAAUGUUUUAAAAACCUGUGGGAUUUCUUAUUUUUAAUUAAGCUUUGUUUUUUUUUUAUGUUGCUUUCUUUUUACCUCUCUCAGUAAAGUUCACUUGAAAGUUGAAUACAGGGAUCGGCACACAGCUGUGCUAUUUGGUGCCAUUAGCAAUAUGGUGGCUUCUUAAAAAAAAAAAAAAAAACAGACCACUUUCCAACACUUUUAAAAGUCUGACCAGUAAAAGCCCUCUCAGUGCUCUGUAAUGAUCUCUACAUUUUGCGGGCAGUGUGAAGAUUUACACCAAGGCUAUUUAAAAAACAUAUUUCUUUUCAUUUAGGAAAAUAUCCAGUGUAUUUACCUUUUUUUGAACUAUUGAUGGCACAAUAAAAGGUACAUUUGCUCUGUUCAGAGAAAUGACUACCUACAUGAGUCAACUUUUUUAGAACUGAUUCACAAAUAGACAAUCUGUGGUUUAAAUGCACACUUAGAUUACCUAUAUUUUAUACCAUUGAAUCUAUAGAAUUUAACUAACAGAACCCAGGCAAAACUUUGGGUUUUUUGUAGAUUAUGUUGUAAUGUCAUCUGUGUGAGGGAGGGGGGGUCUCAGUGUACUGCAUUUUUAAAGAGGACUAAAAUUAAGUUUGAUCCAUGUGACCACAUUUCUAGUAAACUAAAAAACACACAAGAAUUCCUCUGCAUUAAUUGUAAUUUAAAUUUCUGGUUAAAAAAGAAGUACUUUUUCUUUAAUGGUCACAGUGAGUAGACUUCUUUUUUUUUUUUUUUUUUUUCUCCUGUGUUAAAUAAAAUUAAGUGUUCAACUUCCACGGUACGUCUUGUAGAUUUUCUGUGAAUUCUUCAUUAAUAAUUGAAUUAAUGGAUGUUUCACUUUGGUUAAGUUUGGAUGCCUCAUGUCGAAAGAUGACGACUUACAAUGUCUGUUAAUCAUACAGAUGCCAGACAAUGUCUCUUUGUUUGAUUUUGUUGUUAAAGUGCCCAUGUGUCAAACUCAGUGUUUUUGAAUUCACAUGAGAUAGUUUCCUGUAAUGUUAACCUAGUUUUCUUUACACACAAACACACAUACACACACAUACACUGCAGCACACGACAGUACACUUUUCUGUGAUUGCAAAUGUGGGAGCCCCUGAAGAAGAGAUCACUCGGACACACGACACACAACCUGUGGGUCUCUGCACAUUUUAUAGACACACUCACACUUGCUUUUUUAUGUUUCGCUGAUUGUUCUUUUUAAGUGACUUCCAAUAUCAUGUUUCAGUCGUACACGAUGCACAGCACAUUGAUACUACUAAAAUCACCACAAUAGUGUUGGUUUACAAAUACAUUCCAUUUUUUCAGCACAAAGUUUACACUUUUUUUUCUUUUUCUUUUUUACCGGGGUGGUAUUUUAUCUGUUUUUACUACAAAAUAAAAACCACUUCACCCCCCACCCCUCCCCCCCUCACCCCAAAGAAGUGUUCCCUAAAAACUGCAUACCUGAUGGCGCUAAAGAGUUGUCAACUCAGGGGCUUUUUUUGUGUGUGAAACUCAACACUCACACAGGAUUAUGACACAAUGCACAAUUGUCACCAUUUGACCUUUUUCUGUUUGGAUUUUUUUUUUUUUCCUUUUACUCAAAAUACAUAUAAAUAUUCAGAAAAAACAAAAAGAAUAAAAAAAAACAACAAAAAAGGUACCAAAUUUGAAACAGUGCUGGAGGAAAGUGUUGUAGUUUUGUAAGAGAAACUUCAAGCACAAUUGUGGGAGCUAAACACUUUUGCAGAAUGUUGUGUGUGAUUUAUAAUCCCAAAACUAGCAAGGUACCACUGAUUCCACUUUUUAAUACGGGCAUGUGCUUUUUACAGUGUGUUUUUCUAUCCAAAUGCAAUACAAUAUAUUCAAAGUGCCAUAUAUACGUCUAGAAACUGCCUACACAUCCUUAUUAGGCCUUGGUUUAGAGAUUGCUGCAGUUAGCCUUUUUUUGUCUAUUUAUGCCAGUGUCAUGAAAGCUCUUGUCACCUGCUCAUGUCCCCUCCUUCUCCCCCUCUCCCACUUUGUGUGUUGAGUUUUUGGUAAAUGUGUAUUGUGAUGUAUUCAAUUGAACAGCUGUUUCAGGAAAUUGUAGAUAAACAAUAAACUUCCCUAUACAUUUGAAGGUUAAACCUCUUUCUUAGUGUGAACACGUGUACUGUAACACUUUGCUAUACAAACCAUUGGUUGAUCUGAAGUGUCGGAAGGAGAGUUUAUUGAAUCUAGUAAAAGUCACAAAGAUGCUUAAAGCUCAAGUAAAGAGAGAGAAAGCUUGGGUGCCAUGUUAGUAAGAUCUUGAAACGAUCAAAUUGUGUCUAAACACUGAAAUGAGUGCAGAUCUGGGGUGAUAUGACGUGUAUGGUGAAGUGUUACUGUGAAUGAAUAAAAAAAAAAAAUUAAAAAAAGCACAAUGUACAGUCCACAGCGGUCCCAACAGGAACUUGACUCACUUCAGGGGCUUCCAUCACAAAUCCUUUUCAAGCUCUAACAAUCACUUUCUCUGUUCUGUGUUUUCAUAUUCUGAAGUGCUAUUUUUUUGACAGUGUGGUAGCUUUGCAUCUCUAUAGAUAUUGUCUUGAUCCAAAACAAAAGUGAGGAGAGAAAAAAAAAUCUCGUGUUAUUUUCUUGUCUGAUAAUCGGUAGGACUUUGUUCAUGUUCCACCAAUAAUUUAAUUGAUGUUUUUCCUUGUCUUGAAAGCCAAAGUGGGUGCAUCUUGAUGUGAUCUGUAUUAUACAUACAGUAGUUUUUUCUGUUCAGGCAAUAUUUUUUUGAAACUGGGUGGGCUUUGAAAAAGGAAAAAAAAGAAAAAAACACAGGCUUUCCAAUUUCUACAACUGGUUGUUCAUAUGUAUUUUGUACCAGUGGAGCUUUUUAUAUUGGAAAUUAAAGAAAAAAAUCUAUAUUGGAAAAAAUUGUCUGGCCUCUCAAUGUGGCCUCGCCUUGACCAGGUCUUGAGUUUGGCCUCUUGGUGGCGUCAAGCAAUUUUUUGUUGUUUUUUGUUUGUUGUCUCUAAAAGAUGCCUGAUUUUGAUUUCUCUACAUGUUCCUCACUUCGUUAAUCAGUUUCAGUUUCGGGGGGGUUGGGAUCCUCUAAAAUCGUGGUAAGUUUCAUGUUAGUAUUUGUGCUGUCCACAACAUAGUUUAAUGGUCAUCAGGAUUUCGACAACUUGUGUGGAUAAUUGUCUUAGUUAAAGAGUUAACUAUCUGUUUAGUUUGAGCCUUGCUUUUUACCUGUGUAGACUUUUUUUUCCUUUUUUUUUUUUGUUCCCAUAGCGGAGUGUGAAGCCGAAAGACUCUAUGUUCUUUUUUGGUCAAUGUUUGUUCAUGUGUGGUGUGUUUCUUUGCCUCUGUCUCCAAAUUAAACCAUAUCCCCUAA